AUGUUGACCAGGACGAAAGCACACCGAUUGCUUGUUGGUCUGAUUUCUCUCGCUCUGUGGUCGUCAUCAGCAUUUGUAGCUGAUCCUCGUGGUGGUUUUGCGAAAAGAUGGGAUUCCAACCAGAGGCUAUCGGUUGAAUGCGGUGUGUCAGCUUCCGACCUGGUCACGAAUACUUCGCCACCCUCCGAUCAAGUGAGAGCAGCCGAAACGACGAGUAGAGAUAGCUCCCCGUCAGCUGAAACGGCAACUCUUUGCAUAAUUGGUGGUGGUGUGAGUGGGCUUGUGGCUGCAAUAACUGCAGCGAAGAACGUUGAGGGAGAUGACAAGAUUGUGCUACUGGAAGCUUCAGACAGAGUCGGCGGAAGAGUCCAAUCGGAUCGGACCCAAGACGGAUUUCUCCUGGAUAGGGGCUUUGCUGUGUUCAUCGAAGAGUAUCCAAUGGCCAAGAAACUGCUAGACUAUGACAAGCUCAAGCUGAAAAGGUUUUUACCUGGAGCUCUGGUAAAGAUUCGCGACAAUAAAGGCAAGGGAAAGCUGGUGAAAGUCAGUGAUCCACUGCGAAGGCCCCGAGAUCUUUUCUCGGCACUCGUCUCGCCGGUUGGAUCCAUCAAAGACAAGACCAAACUGGUUCCUCUUAUUGUAAAUGUGAGACGAAAGUCAAUAUCGGCUCUCUUUGAAGAACCUGAAACGACAACCGCAGAAGCGCUACAAGAACGAUGGGGCUUCUCUAGCAAGAUGAUGGACAGGUUCUUUCGUCCAUUCUUUGAAGGCAUUUUUCUGACUCCUCUCGAGCAGCAAAGUUCACGAAUGUUCUCCUUUGUGUUCAAAAUGUUGUCUGAGGGAAGUGCGACGCUGCCUGAAAAUGGCAUGGGAGCCGUAGCCCAACAACUGGAAGAGAAUGCCCUCUCUCUCGGUUUAUCCAUCCGAACCAACAAUGCAGUCACCAAACUCUCGCAUAAUGAGUCUGGCGGCUUUGUUAUGGAAACUGCACAGUCUACUGUAGAAGCUGAGAACGUUAUUGUCGCCACUGAUGUGGGCAUUGCACAAAGGCUUCUUUCGCAACUGGAGGGUUUUGAAUUUCUAUCUGAGGAAGCCACCCCAGUCACGCAACGCUCUGUUGGUUGCCUCUACUACGCCUUUGAAGGUGAAGCCCCAGUGUCAGAUCCUUUGUUGAUUCUGAACGGCGAAGGCCAAGAUCGAGAUUCCUAUGCUAGUCCUAUCAACAACGUUUGCUUUCCUUCAGUUGUGAGUGCAGACUACGCACCAGAGGGAUUCGGCUUGUGCAGUGUGGCCAUACUCAAAGGAGCGAUGGAUGCCUACCAAGGAAAGGAAGAAGAGCUAGACAUUGCUGUACGAAGCCAGCUUGCUGACUGGUUUCCAGACUACAGCAAAGACAUUGGAGAGAAGUGGGAACUGAAACGAAUCUACUACAUCCCUAAUGCCCAACCACUACAGCUCGGGACAGCUUCCCCAGCGACAGUGAAUGGAGGUCGUGACAGCAGCACAAUUCUAGGAAGAGAAUUGCCAAGUGGUCUCUUUCUGUGCGGGGAUUACAUGGCGACAGCCUCGUUGAACGGGGCUCUGGAAAGUGGAGUCAAUGCUGGAAUGGCAGCAGCAGCAACGAAGAUAGUGACCAGAUGA